GGAUGCUUGAAGAUGGAAAGAAAUUUGAUUCCUCCCGGGACAGAAACAAGCCCUUUAAGUUUAUGCUAGGCAAGCAGGAGGUGAUCCGAGGCUGGGAAGAAGGGGUUGCCCAGAUGAGUGUGGGCCAGAGAGCCAAACUGACUAUCUCCCCAGACUACGCCUACGGUGCCACUGGACACCCAGGCAUUAUCCCACCAAACGCCACUCUCGUCUUUGACGUGGAACUUCUAAAACUGGAAUGACAGGAAUGGCCUCCUUGUUAGCUCCCAGUUCUUGGCAGAUGUGCCAUGGAGAGACCUGGCGCCUCCAGAUGCGUGCAGGCGAGUCCACCCGGAGCUUUUCCUGAUGUUCCACUACACUCUUUGUGUAAACAUCUACCCCGACUGAAUGUGUCUGUCACCCAGCUUCGCUCCUCCCCUUUCUCCUCGUAUGUGUGUUGACCUAAACUAUAUGCCAUAAACCUCAAGUUAUUCAUUUUAUUUUGUUUUCAUUUUGGGGUGAAGAUUCAGUUUUAAGUUUUUUGGAUAUAGAUUUCCAAUUAAGUAUUAACAGCACAAGUAAUGGGUUAACUUUAGAAUAGGAAUCAGUGUGUGUGUUGGGGGGGGGUUACAAGAAUCUUUAUUUUAUUUUUUUUUGGAUGAAAUUUUUAUCUAUUAUAUAUUAAACAUUCUUGCUGCUGCGCUGCACAGCCAUAGCAGAUUUGAGGCGCACUGAGGGCCGAAUUAUUCUCCCAAGUAGAGAGAGGUCCUUGGGUUGAAUUAAAGGCCCUAUUCAAAGCUGAAGUGGGGAGGGGGGAGAGAGCCUUUGCUUCCACUGCCCCUCUCCCCCUUUAAACCCUCUGCCUUUUGAAAGCAGAUUGUUUUCACUGCGAUGGACACUACAGGUAUCUGUCCCCAGGCCAGCUGGGACCUCUGGAGCCUUCUUUGUGGCCUGGCCUUCCCACCUGCCCCGCCCCCAUCCUGUGGUUUUUCUAAUGGAUAUUCAGGACUUUUGUAAUCUCCUACCUAUCCAAACUUCUUCCUAAAUUUUAAGAACUUUAAUUGAAAGUUUAAAUUGAAGGUGCUGUUUGUAGACACUUAACACCCAGUGAAAGCCCAGUCAUCAUGACAAAUCCUUGAGUGUUCUCUUAAGAAAAUGAUGCUGGUCAUCGCAGCUUCAGCAUCUUCUGUUUUUGAUGCUCAGUUCCCCUAGCUAAUCUUAGAAUUUCUUGGCAUAUCCUUCCCUGCUCUCACCCCUUUGCUGUCCUGUGUAGUGAUUUGGUGAGAGAAAUUAUUGCUGCCCCCCAGCCCCUGCACUACAUAUGAGUUUCAAGUUUUAUUAUUGCAAUAAAAGUGCUUUAUGCUGACUUUUCUCA